AUGGAGACGUACAUCCGGCAACGCCAGCUCAUCAUGUCGCCCCUCCUGACGUCCCGUGUCAUUGGCGAGAACGAGGCCCUCCCCUCCGUCUUCAACAAGGUCAUCGCUGCCAAGGAGGUCAACCACAAAGGCCAAGGACUGUGGGUCUCGAUGAAGCUGCUCCCAGGGGACAUCCAGCAAGUCCAGAAGAACUUUCCACACCUGGUGGACAGAUCCAUCGCGGUCGCUCGGAAGAUGGGGUUCCCAGAGAUCAUCCUGCCUGGGGACGUCAGGAACGACAUCUACGUCACCCUGGUCCAGGGGGAGUUCGACAAGGGCAAGAAGAAGACGCCAAAGAAUGUGGAGGUGACGAUGGGGGUCUACAGCGAGGAGGGGCAUCUGAUGGAGAGAGCCAUCUUCCCGGGAUGCGGAGAUCAGGGGAUCUCGGAAUACAAGUCUGUGGUCUACUACCAGGUGAAGCAACCAUUCUGGUAUGAGACGGUGAAGGUGGCCAUUGCAAUCGAAGACGUCCGCCAUUGUCACCUCCGGUUCACCUUCCGGCACAGAUCCUCGCAGGAGUCCAAGGACAAGUCGGAAAAGCUGUUCGGGAUGGCGUUCGUGAAGCUCAUGAGACCAGACGGUACCACCCUCCAAGACGGAAAACACGAUCUAAUCGUCUAUAAGGGUGACACGAGGAAAGCGGAAGAUCCCAAGUGUUACCUGACGCAGCCGGGGACCAAAGAGGAGCAGGAGGCGAGAGAGAGUCAGUUCGGCAAAGGGGUGCAUGCCUCCUUGGCUGCCAUCAAGGACAGCUUUCAGAUCGCCACGCUGGUAUGCUCCACCAAACUCACGCAGAAUGGUACGUCCCGGGGCAGACGCGAG